AGGGGGUAUGCAGCGAUGGGGGUCACCGGGGAGAGGGAGGGCACGAGAACGGAGGUAACGGGUGGAUAUAAAUGCCAGCAAGGGUGCACCCAGGUGCCUUCUGAUCUUUCCCCUGAAACCAUGAGACUGCUGGCUUUGCUGCUGAUGAUCGGAGCUGCUGCGGCGGUUCCCCGUGGAGACGGCAGAGUCAUCGGCGGGCAGGAGUGCGAGCCUCACUCGCGUCCAUUCAUGGCCUCUCUCAACUACGGUUACCACUUCUGUGGGGGGGUGCUGGUCAACAGACAGUGGGUGCUGUCCGUCGCGCACUGUUGGUACAACCCCUACGCCAUGCAGAUCAUGCUGGGAGAACAUGACGUGCGAGUCUUUGAGGGCACGGAGCAGCUCAUGAAGACCGAAAACAUCAUCUGGCACCCGAGUUAUGACUACCAGACUCUGGACUUCGACAUCAUGUUGAUCAAGCUCUUCCACCCGGUGGAGGUGACCUCAGCGGUCGCACCGAUCCCUUUGCCCACGGGGUGCCCAGUGGGGGGGCUCCCCUGCUCUGUGUCUGGCUGGGGCUACACUGCCAUCGAUGGCGCGGCGACCACGCCCAGGCGUCUGCAGUGUUUGGACGUGCCGAUAGUGGACGAGCAGGACUGUGAGGAGGCCUAUCCGGGCAUGAUCACCCCCAGGAUGGUCUGUGCCGGGUACAUGGAUGGAGGCAGAGAUGCAUGCAACGGGGACUCCGGCAGCCCUUUGGUGUGUGUCGGAGAGGUCCACGGCCUGGUGUCAUGGGGUCAGGGAUGUGCUCAGCCUAACUACCCUGGAGUGUACGUCAAGGUGUGUGAGUUCCUCUCCUGGAUUCAAGACACCCUGGAGGCCAACCCCUGAAGAAAUGACCCGUUUUGACUUUGACUUUUUACAAUUGAUCCCCACAGCCCUGAUUUUACUUUUCUUUCUCUCCCAGAUGCCUUGUCCCUUCUGGACAGGUGUCGCUCACAUAUUAAAAAAUUCACCCACAAAAUAAAAAGAUGUUCAAUUUUCA